AUCAGUGAAUGAAAAAAGCGCUCUGGAAGUCACUCAUUGCCCACAGAAACGGUGCCGGUUAUGUAACUCUAUUUCAUGUGUACAGCAAGAAAGGCAAAAAACCCUCUCGGAGUGUCUCGUCGCUGGAGAUUCCUAGCAACUUUUCUGUUGAAGUCGGGUUCUCAUUGCUGCCUCUGAUUAGGGUCUACUGUUUCCACCACUAACUUCAUUGAGAGAGAACGAAGUUCUGCAAGUGUACAUUAGGAAUUUUUGGCUAAAAGCCAAAAGCCAGUUUUUGUCAUUCAAGGACUGGCUAGCCUUAAGGACAUAACCUCAGCGUCUAUCGGCUGCCAAUCAUCAGUGGGGUGACACUGACGGCAAGCCAUCUGAGAUUUACGAGUAGUGGCUUACCACUAGCAUUAGGUGGUAAGUGUGUGGCAUCUAUUAGAAUUUCUGUGAGUGUUUUAAGUGUAGAAAACGCGAAUGGGACACGCCAGCCUUCACAGACGGCCUGAAUGGGAGAAGGAGUGAGCAUGGACAACCUUUCGGAGUUUGGAGGCCUUUGUCCGUCUGUCCGGGAAUGGGACACAAGCAGCUGUGUGGAUGAUUUAAUGGACGAAGAUGAGAAGGACAGAGCAAAAAGGGCGUCCCGUAAUAAAUCAGAGAAGAAGAGGAGAGACCAGUUCAAUGUUCUCAUUAAAGAGCUGUGUACUAUGCUACAGGGUCAAGGUCACCCCCGCAAGAUGGACAAAUCCACCAUCCUGCAGAGGACCAUUGACUUCCUGCAGAAACAGAAAGAUAUCACUGCUCAAACAGAGUCUUGUGAGGUCCGACAGGACUGGAAGCCUUCUUUCCUUAGCAAUGAGGAAUUCACCCAGUUAAUGUUGGAGGCUUUGGAUGGUUUCCUAAUAGCUCUUACCACAGAUGGGAACAUAAUAUAUGUAUCUGACAGUGUCUCGUCUCUCAUUGGCCAUCUGCCGUCAGAUAUGGUGGACCAGAACAUUUUGAACUUCCUGCCAGAGCGAGAGCACGGAGAGGUGUACAAACUUCUGUCAUCGCACAUGCUCUUGGCGGAGCCUUCUGCUGUGGACCUACUCAACAGCAGCGAGACGCACGUCGAGUUCUGCUGUCAUUUAGCGAGGGGGAAUGUUAACCCAAAAGAACCGCCCACAUAUGAAUAUGUCAAAUUUGUUGGAGAUUUCAAAUUUCAUAGUAACGUGCCUCUGUCUACAUGUAACGGUUAUGAGCUGGCGUUCCCACGCACAGUGCAGUCUUCAUUAGAGGAGCAGAUCUGUCUUAUAGCCACAGUGAGACUCGUGACCCCUCAGUUUCUGAAGGAUAUGUGCAACAUGGAAGAUGUGUGCGAUGAAUUCACAUCAAGACACAGCUUGGAAUGGAAAUUUCUCUUCUUAGAUCACAGGGCCUCUCCUAUCAUCGGGUACCUACCGUUUGAGGUUUUGGGGACCUCGGGUUACGACUACUACCAUGUGGACGACCUGGAGCUGAUUGCUCAGUGUCAUAAACAAUUGAUGCAAUUUGGGAAAGGAAAAUCCUGCUACUAUCGGUUCCUGACUAAAGGGCAGCAGUGGAUCUGGCUACAGACACACUAUUACAUAACAUACCACCAGUGGAACUCCAAACCAGAGUUUAUCGUCUGUACACACAACGUGGUCAGUUAUGCUGAAGUCCGAGCGGAGAGAAGGAGAGAGUUUGGGUUGGAAGAAAGCUCAUCUGAUAUGGCCACAUCCUCAGUCAAGGGGCAGGAUGUGUUUUUGGACAUUUGUCCUCCUUUGAAAAAAACACGGGACAGAAACAACAGCGCUCGAUCAGUGUCAUCACAAAGCUCGAGAAAAUCAUCACACACAGCACUGUCCGACUCUGCAUCAAACUCAUCGGUGAGGUACACAGAAGCAUGCACGUCAUCACGGCAGUCUGCUUCCAUUGCUCCUGAGAAGAGCUCCAGCAAAAUGCCACAUAGUGGAUCGAAGACCCUGAUUCAGAGGCAGGGCUCCUCGGAGGCCACAUCACUCUCCCCCUCCUGCAAUCAGCAAUCCAACAUGACACAAUCUCUGUAUGGAUUCCAGCAGCCUCAGUUAGGCGUCAUGCAUCAGCUGAAAGAGCAGCUAGAGGAGCGGACACGCAUCCUACAGGCCGACAUCAAGACACAACAACAAGAGCUGCACGACAUUAAAGAGAAACUACAGCUCGCCAACCUACAGAUGUUUCUCCAGCAGCCGAUACAGGGAGAGUUUGCCGGUUCUGGUUCAGAGUCGCAGGGUCCAGACAGGCCAGCCCAACAAAACACACACCCCAAACCUCAACACUGUGCUUCACAUUCAUCACACACACAGCUCAGAGAACAGCCCAGUAGCUCAUCUGCUCAGGGGCAGCAGAGGCUGGUUCAGACUGGACACAUGCAGGCCGUCAGUGUUCCAAUGCACACACACACCAGUCUCACCACACCCUUUUACAGCAACCCAAUGAUGUUCUCCCCCAACCACGGACACAGAGCCCAACAAGACACACACUGCCAAAGAAACACACACACCGACUACAGCCAGGAUGGACAGCUACGCAGGAUGCUGCUAAACCAGCCAAUGCAGACGCUUGUAUCAGACAGCAAUGGGGGGGCUCAGUCUUCCCAGUGCAGCUCAACUAUUCAACAUACCAAAUAUCCUCUGGACCAGCAGAUGAUGGCUCCUUCCUUCCCCAUGCAGCAGGUGAAUUGUAACGCUGUCCUUGUCCCGUCCCCCGUCUUCACCUCACCAAUCAUGAUCCCCCAUAAUAGUUUCAUCACCCAUCAGGCCACACCUACCUACACGCCUCACCAGGUGGCUGCCCAGCACGGCUUACCUCUACAGCAACCUCAGCAGUUCUUUCAGAUGCAGCCUCAGGGUCUGAUUCACAGCACUCCCACUCAGGCCUUAUUCCACACCCCUGGCAUUCCACAGCAAAGCAUUGUGGGAUACGUACAGCCACAACAGCAGCAGCAACAGCAACAACAACAACAGCAGCAACAGCAGCAUCAUCACUCCCAGUCCAGCAACCUGUCAGACUACAGAAACAUGCUCCACCGGUAGCCCCGCCCCCUGGGAGAAGACAAGAGGUUGCCAGGAAAGCUCGUUGAGCAUUUAGCUCUUAAAGGCAUGAUGGGAAGGGACUCUCUCUCGGCUCAGAGGAAGGCUCGGUCCCGAGCCAAACCAAAUCGAGAAAGCCAAAGUCCCUUAAAGUUCCCAUGACAGCAAAUGAUGGUGAUAACGCCACGAGGCCCAAGGGCUCUGCCUGGCCCGGACUGCAAGCAGAGGAUGCUGGGAUAUGUAGGAGGAGCCCACAUGGGGCGUGACCCAUCUGUUAUUCAUGGAGACGGGUCACAGAGCAGUCGAGCAGAUGCUCCGAUUGAUAGAAAAAGGACAGAAAGACGGAAGGGUUUUGGCACUGUAAUGUUACAGCCCAUUGACUUCAUCUGGACUUUUAUAACAUACAAACAAGACAAAAUCAAGUAAUGCCUUGACAGAGCUUAAACUCAAUCUAGAGUCCGCUGAGUUUGCCGUCACAUGUUCAGUUCUCAAACGCAUACUAAAGUACUAGCUAAAAGAGAAAUGGCCCCACCAAAAAGAAGGAAAAUACAUGGUCAUGAAUGAACUGCUUUCCACACAUCAUAUUUCAUAUGUGUAUGCUGGUGAUAGGAGCUGAGCACAAUUCAGUGAAGACCCAAACAUUUCAAAAAUGCAUUUAUUUGACUGCCUGUUAUCAUGUGCAGAGCAAGUUCAGUCCCCUCCUGUUGUAAAAUUAAUGCUAACGUAAGAAACUUAAAUCACGUUGUAUAUUUCAAAUAUUUAAGAACAAUUUAAACGUUCAGACAAGGGCAACAUUUUCCUACUGUUGAGUUCAACUCAAUCCAAAAAAAAAAAUUCUGGAUCCACUUUACUGUACAUAUAGUUCAUUCACAUAAUGUGUUCUGGAUGGUCAUAUUUCAGGCUAGCAUCUAGACAUAACUCCUCGAGAGAAGCAUGUUUGCUGAUCACACGGUUCUUUGAUUUCUCAGAUGUUAAUGUGGUCUGCAUGUCCACACUGCAUACUGUAACUCCAAUGAUUUGAUGUCAAUAUAAACAGAUGAGCUAAUAUUUAGUUUCAGUAUUACACAGGGAUGAAGCUCUGUCUAAUUUAUGCUUCGUAGACGAUGGACUUUGUGCGGAAGUGCAGCAGUUUAACUGUGAUGAACAAAUAUAGAUAAAAUAAGACAAUGAUUGAAGACAAUCAUAAUUGUCAGGCCUAAUUGUCAGAAAUGGAAAUGUUCUCAUCUGCCUGUGUUUAACAAAUAUUAGUAUAAAAAAUGCACUUAGUUUCUUUCUCUCUCUUUUUAUUUAUUUUUUAUGAUUUUCGGGGAGAUGGUGUAGACCAGAGGUACCCAAACAACGAAAAUUCAAACUUGAUUGAGGGCCGAAAGUAAAAGAUGCACUUUAUCUUUAAUUUGUGUUUAACCUUGGUUCCCCUCAUUUGGGAUUUCAUAAUAUCAAAACAUAACACUGUAAUCUGCAGUAUUAUUUUUUGUAAUUAUGUUUUUCUUACGUUUUAAACACCAGCUUACAUUUCAAAAAAAUUAACAACAAACUCAAAACAAAAAGAAACUAAUUGAACAUAUUGAAUGAAUCCACAAAUAAAUUAUGUUUAAUAAUAUAUCAAUUAUGAUCCGCGAAAAUUAAAACGCUAUAUAAUGCAUGCCAGGCCAGUAGUUGGCAAUGUCUCUUUGUAAAGAAGCACUACACACUUGUAGACUCAACACUAUAGUUGAAAGCAAUCCUCCUUCUGACAUGCUUCUCAUUGUAGAUGUACUUUACACUAUUGUUCUCAGUCAGAUGGGGCACAGACUGCAUGUGUUUCCAAAAAGCUCAUAAGGGUUGCGUUAAAGACUCAUUGAUGCAUAUACUGUAAGUUUUUGAGAGAAAUGAAAAGAAUUGUGCCAAUAUGCUAUCUAGAAUACCGGCAUACGUCUACUUAAAUGGCAUGUUUUUUUCCUAGGCUAUAUUUUCCCCCUCACGACAAGUCAAAGUUUGGGCAUCUCUGGUGUAGACACAUGAAUGUUGUGAACACACAAAAUCUGACAAUCGAAAAAUCUCAAUCCGUUUCUUUUGUGCGGAGACUUCAAGCUGUGCUUUCCUCUGUCCUGUCACACGUUGCACAUUAAAGACUGGUGCUGAUUAUUUAAAAAAUCUUUUGAAACUAAGAAAAUUCCAUUCAAGAAAGUCCAAGAUCGUGUGUCCUUCUGCCUGUUGUUAGAUGUGAAUCGAAAAAAACAAGAAUGUGUGUAAUUUAUACUUAUGAUUUAGUUUUUUAGUCAGAUAUAUUUUCUUGUAUUAGCCAGAAACACUUCAAUGUGCUGUUUGAAUGAAAACAGUAAAAGUAUUUUUGUAUGCAAAGAUCCUCAACAUUCCUUCAGUCAUGUAGAAAUGUGAUGCUCCCUCACGCUCUCUUCACGCUCCUGUAGCUUGUUAAAUUUUAGCUCAAGUCAAUCAGAUCAAACUACAUUCAAAAGAAGCACUUCAGAGAUUUAUACAUUUCCAAGAGAUCAUUUACGGCCAUCUGAACCAUUACUAAAUGUUUUUCAAGGGUUUGUGUAGAGUCUGAAUUGCGUGACUUGUUCAUCUCAGUGCUUUGUUCUGCCUUCCUGGAGUGGCACUAGAAAAGACAAGGACGGUGUUUGGCGUGUUUGUGUUUCAGAUGCUAGCUAGCACAAAGUAUGACGUGUCAGGGUUUUUCUGCAUCAGUGCCUCCCAUUUCUCAUCAUCUGCUGCUCUGAGAUUAUCUUUCGGUCUCACAAAUGCUCUUUUUGUCUGUAGGCGUGAGAGAAAUACACUUUGAGUCAGAUUUAACUUUUAUAUUUUUAGUAACCCAACCUAAGAAUCCAUUUCAAGGUGAAUUUUGGAACAAUUGUAGCUGGUCUAAUCUAGAUUAGCUGGUCCAAGCUGAUAGAACCAUACAAGACCAUCAACAAACCAGAUAGUAACCAAUCAAAGUGGAUUUUGGAGGAGCUAGAAACCAGUUUUGAAAUGGAUUUUGCCAGGAGUAGACUGAUUUCAGAAUCAAUAAAUCCGAAUUUGGUUGCGAUUUAAGCCAAUCUGAUUCAGUCUUCAUGUGACGCCAUUUUAAAAUGUGCGCACCAUCCCCCGAACAAAACCAGCUGCUUCGUCCUUCAUUUAAUGCACGUUUGUGGUCAUUUUUAUGUAUUUUUUUGUCAGCCAGGCUCAAACAUUAAGUCUCAAAUGUUUAUUGAGGUUGCUUUGCGGACGUUCAUGUUUUUGCGGUGUCGUUUGCACAUGCAGAUUUAGUUUUUGCUCUUUGUGUUCAUUGAUUGGGUUGUGAAUGGUUGAUGAUACCUGUACUGGCUCUCUCAUCUUCUUUCUCUUUUCCUCCUGUGAAUCUAUGCUCUGGUUGUGGAGACUGCACUUUAUUAUUUUUCCCUUCUUUAUGUCUCUUUCUUUUUGCUCUCUCUUUGUCUCUGGCCUGGAUUUCUCCCCAAAAGUGUCUGCUCUGAUGAGGUUUUAGGCCUCAUGGAUUUGUGCGAGUGUGUGUUAUGUGUGCGUUGUGAGUGUGUUACCGGGACAUUUGACUUCAGGUGACAUAACUCUCGUUGUGGGUGCGAGAGCGUCAAUGCAUUUAUAUUCUACCAGGUGUGGAGAUGAGAUGAAAACGACACCUGGUAUAAACAGCCAUCUCUGCUGAUACUCUGCAGAAAAUACAUGGAAGAUAUUGUAAUAUAAGACAUAAAAAGGUUUAGAAAAAAAUAUAGUUGUUUAUUUUAUAAGAUGUUAAAUAGAUUGAAAUAAAUUUCUAUACAGUGUAUGAUUUGAAAGUAAAACAGAGGUAUUUUGUAACAGAUUAUUGAAGUGUCUUACUUUGGGGGACGUAAAGCUUUGUUUGUCAGUUCAGCGAGUUGAUGUUGCACAGUCAAUUAUGUAUGGCUUGUUUUUUUCCCCCCUUUUAUUCUUCUGUGUACAUAUACUAUCACAACAAGCUUUAACAUAUUGUUAAUAUUGUUUUAAAAGAAAUUAAUAAUAAAAAAGUUUACAUUCUGAAACAGU